UUUUCGUCACAAUGGUGAGUACAGCCGCAGCAAGAACUGUCAUUGGCAUUAUAGGAAAUGUCAUAUCUUUUGGGUUAUUUAUGUCACCAAUCCCCACCUUCACUCAGAUUGUGAAGCGCAAGGCCGUGGAGGAUUUCAAGCCUGACCCUUACUUGGCCACAAUCCUCAACUGCGCCAUGUGGGUGUUCUAUGGAAUGCCCUUCGUUCAUCCCGACAGCAUCCUCGUUGUUACCAUUAACGGCAUCGGUUUCUUCAUCGAGCUCGCCUACGUUUCCAUCUUCUUUAUUUACUCUCCAUGGAUCAAGAGAAGGAAGAUGUUGAUCGUUCUUCUAAUCGAAUCGAUCUUCUUCGCCGCUGUCGUCCUGAUUACGCUUCUCGUUUUCCACACCACCAUUAGUAGAAGUUACUUUGUUGGUAUUUUAUGCAUUAUCUUCAACAUUGGCAUGUAUACUUCUCCGUUGACCGUCAUGCGACUUGUGAUCAAAACGAAGAGUGUUAAGUAUAUGCCGUUUACUCUCUCUCUCGCGAACUUCUGUAAUGGUAUCGUAUGGGCCAUUUACGCUCUUCUCAAGUUCGAUCCGAACGUCUUGAUUCCAAACAGUUUGGGAGCUCUCUCUGGGUUGAUCCAGUUGAUUCUGUAUGCAACUUAUUACAGAACAACAAAUUGGGACAAUGAUGACACGUCGAGCACGAGGAGGGCGGAGGUUCAAAUGUCAGAUGUGUAGUUUUGGAGGUCGAA